CGCUCCUCCUUAUGAACCGCCAGAAGAGCCGGGCGCCAUUUUGUGAAGCGGUAUACAGAAGAGAAAGCGGGUUACUUAGCGGCGGGUACGGACAGCGAGAGGUCGUGGAGGAGGAGAAGAGACCGAGCAUCGGCACACUCCUCGUCACAUACACAAGCAGCAGCCAUGAGCGACGCGGAAGGGAAAAAGGUGGAGACCAGAGUUAAUAUUCGUGAAGAGAUGGAAGAGUUUAUUCCAAGAAUGUUGAAGAGAAGGCAUCCCGCUCUCGAACCAAGUCACCUACUGAAAGUGCUGCCCGUGCAAAAACGGAAAGUCGGUCUCGUUCUCGCAGUGGAUCAAAGGCUUCAAAACGGUCUGAGUCUCAUUCCCGAUCAAGGUCAAAAUCUCGAUCACGGUCCAGAAGACGUCACACAGAAGAUAUUCCCGCUCCGGUCUCGCUCCCGUUCACACAGAAGGCGCUCAAAGAGCAGAUCCUACACACCAGAAUAUAGGAGGCGGAGGAGCCGCAGUCACUCUCCUAUGUCCAAUAGGAGGCGGCAUAAUGGUAGUCGGGCAAACCCAGAUCCUAACAUGUGUGUUGGCGUCUUUGGCUUGAGCUUGUACACAACUGAGAGAGAUAUCAGAGAGGUGUUUUCACGUUAUGGUCCCCUUGCUGGUGUCAGUGUGUAUUAUCAACGAACUGGACGAUCAAGAGGAUUUGCGUUUGUUUAUUUUGAGAGAAUUGAAGAUUCCAGAGCAGCGAUGGAGCAUGCUAAUGGCAUGGAACUGGAUGGCCGAAGGAUCGCGUAGACUAUUCAAUACCAAAGCGAGCGCACACACUCACCACCCCCAGGCAUUUACAUGGGACGACCCACACAUAGCAGUAGCAGUGGACGUCGUCGAGAUUAUUAUGACAAGGAUAUGACCCGAGGCUAUGACAGAUAUGAGGAAUACGACUACAGCAGCAGCAGCAGAUACAGCAGCAGCAGGAGACGUUCACCUUCUCCAUACUACAGCCGGUACAGAUCUAGAUCAAGAUCCCGCUCAUACAGUCCAAGACGUUACUGAAGGUAUGAAGAUGAAGACCUUAAAGGACCUUUAAAUAUCUGACGCAUACGUUUGGCCCUACCCUUUUUUUAAGAAUUUGUAAAAUUUUGCAGAGUUCUGUUGUGCUGUUUAUGUGACUUAAAGCAAUGGUAUUGCCAUAGUUUGGUGUAGGCCGAACAUCUGGAGAUGUUGAAACUACAGAUUUUCAAAGCGAUUAGUCUUUGUUUUGCAAACCGGAAUACAUUUUGUUUUCUUAUCCCUUCUGUUAGGAGGUUUUUUCAUUUAUUUUUUGAACAAGCUGUAUUUAAUGAGCAUUCUACUUACAAGGGAACUAUUUUGUGAUAGUAACUGCGUGUAUAAUAAAAAAAAAAGUGGAAAAAUCAA